AGGAAAGAAAACAUAAAAAUGCUGAACUGUGCAUUGGAAUUGAGGAAAAAUUCAGAGUUCCUCUGCGAAAGGUUAGAAGUUUUUGUUUUUUUGUUAACUUCCCAUUUUUUUCUCUCUCUUCUCCUUACUUAUUGAUACAUCCUUUCACUUGAGCUUGUUUUGCCGUCAAAUAUACUCGUAUUCAUCUGUUUUUUCUUAUUUUUAUAUUCUAGAUAUAUAUACAAUGACAGACAAUAAUUAUCCUCGUAGUAGAAAAUCAACGGCUGGUAUCAGUGCCAAAUAUGAUGAGAAAGACUAUUUGUUGGUAUCAUUUCUAAAUUUCAAAAAGCAUGCUGUUACCUAAAUCCGCCUCAUCUCUACCUGUGUUCGAUUUAAUUAAACAAUUCGUUUCCAAGCUUUCCGUUGAUAAAUGGAGUCAUUUGGAUUUAAUUGAAGAGAAACCAACAUUCGUGUCGACCUGUACCAUCGACAACUGAAUUCAUAAGAUGAUAGUUUUAAUUCUAGCUGCGGAACUUGAUAACUUUUGCGCAAUUUCAGAUUUCUGGAACUGGAUUAGGCACGUUCAAAUAGCCGAAGAACUAACAACUAUGCGUUUUGUUUAAGAAAGUUAACGGUUGUGUGCAACAAGAAGGAGACCAAAACAUAAUGUUGAUAAAGCUAUCCAACUGGCUUUAGCUAAACAAGCAUUACCUGAUGAUAUAGAUUUAUAUGAAGGAUGUGUCGCAGUUCGCCAAUGUUCGCCAGUAGACAUUCGCCAAUAGGCGAAUGUCCAGAAAAAUUGGCGAAUGUCCAAAAAAAUUGGCGAAUGUCCAAAAAAAUUGGCGAAUGUCCAAAAAAAUUGGCGAAUGUCGAGGGGACAUUCACCAUAAUUGGCGAAUGUCGUGCGGACAUCGGCAGUCGCCAAUAUGGCGAAUAUCUGUUGGCGAAAGUUGACAACAAAACAACAAAAAACAAAAUGAAUACUGAGGACAGGUACUGGCGACUGUCGCCAGUACCUGUCCAAUUAUGGCGAAUGUCAUGUGGACAAUGGCGAAUGUCGUGUGGACAUUCGCUAAUUAUGGCAAGUGUCGUAGGGGUACUGGCGAAUGUCAUGUGGACAAUGGCGAAUGUCGUGUGGACAUUCGCUAAUUAUGGCAAGUGUCGUAGGGGUACUGGCGAAUGUCCUGUGGACAUUCGCCAGUCGCCAAUAUGGCGAAUGUCUAUUGGCGAAAGCUGA